GCGCCCCGGCGGCCUGGGCGCUCGAGGGCUGGAGCUGCGGGCGGCGCUAGCCGGUCGGAUCCGAGCCUCGCCGGGCUGCUCCAGCCGGGCUCGGCUACACACUCUGGCCGCCGGGGCCGGAGCCCUCAUGAGCCCGGACGAUGUCCGGGAAGCACUACAAAGGUCCUGAAGUCAGUUGCUGCAUUAAAUACUUCAUUUUUGGCUUCAAUGUCAUAUUCUGGUUUUUAGGAAUAACAUUCCUGGGAAUUGGACUGUGGGCAUGGAAUGAAAAAGGAGUUCUGUCCAACAUCUCUUCGAUUACCGACCUUGGCGGCUUUGACCCAGUGUGGCUCUUCCUUGUGGUAGGAGGUGUGAUGUUCAUCUUGGGGUUUGCAGGGUGCAUUGGAGCUCUGCGGGAGAACACCUUCCUCCUUAAGUUUUUUUCUGUGUUCCUGGGAAUUAUUUUCUUCCUGGAGCUCACUGCUGGGGUUUUGGCAUUUGUUUUCAAAGACUGGAUCAAAGACCAGCUGUAUUUCUUUAUAAACAACAACAUCAGAGCAUACAGGGAUGACAUUGAUUUGCAAAACCUCAUAGACUUCACCCAGGAAUAUUGGCAGUGCUGUGGGGCUUUUGGAGCUGAUGAUUGGAACCUAAAUAUUUACUUCAAUUGCACAGAUUCCAAUGCAAGUCGAGAGCGAUGUGGCGUGCCGUUCUCGUGCUGCACUAAAGACCCAGCGGAAGAUGUCAUCAACACUCAGUGUGGCUAUGACGCCAGGCAGAAACCAGAAGUUGACCAGCAGAUCGUAAUCUACACAAAAGGCUGUGUGCCCCAGUUUGAGAAGUGGCUACAGGACAAUUUAACUAUCGUGGCUGGCAUCUUCAUAGGCAUUGCACUGCUGCAGAUUUUUGGAAUAUGCCUGGCCCAGAACUUGGUUAGUGACAUUGAAGCUGUCCGGGCCAGCUGGUAGACCCUGCGCAGCCCUUGCAAGACUCAGGACUGUCCCAGUCUUGCAGUGACACCCAGACCUCAAGGAUCAGUCACCGAGGCAACCUGUGCCUGCCUACUGGAGCUGCCAAAAACUUAUUUUUUUUGGAGGGGGGUGUUAAAACUGGGAAAUGCUGCUCGCUGACAGAAUUUUUUUAAAAAUCCAGUCUGAAAGCUGUUGCGCCAUGAAUCUCUACUGUAGCCAUGAAUUUACAGGUGAACGGAUGUCUGCCAGAAAGGAAGAGAAGGGAAGGUGGGCCCACAUUGACUUGAAUUUGUGGAGAAACCCAUCCUUUCUGCCCGUUGGUGACUGAGGGUAGGAAGGGCUGGGCUUGCUGGUCAGCCCUUCACCAGGUGGGCAGUGGUGCUGGGCAUCUUUCUGUCCACUGUAAGAAACUGCUGCACUCUCAGCUGAAAAAGAGCACAGCAUGCCUGUGGGUCCAGAUCCUGCUGUCCUGUAGGCGCACUAAUUUGGGUGGCCUUGUGCUCUGUCCUGAAUCAUGGCCUUCCAGGAAGUUACGUAUUCUGUGUCCACCAACAGCAGGGCAUCAGAGACUUCAUGACACUGUAUUCCAGCAGGACUGAUCUUUUCUCUAAGUAGGCCUGAGUUUUAUUUAUCAUUGCAAUCCAAGGAGAAAAUGAGGUUACUGAGAGGUAUGAAUUAAACACUCCACCCCUACCCCACCCAACUAGUGGUUGGAUUCUUUGGAAUACUCCUGUUGGUGGGUUUUUUGUUUGUUUUUGUUUCCCAAAGGUGAAAGGUAGGAUAUGGUUCUUCUUAAGUUUUGCAGAUGUUUUUUUUAUUUAACUGGGCUCUUCUUUUUUUGUUGUUGUAUGUUUAACUUGCAUGACCGGUGAAUCUGAAUCCACCAUCUCUCUCCCUCCCUUGCCAUCUUUCUAAAGACAUUUAAAAGUGAGAGCAGGUAUUUGUCUCACGGGUCAUGGUCUCAAGAGGAUGUGGCUAUUGUCGCAGCCUGGACAGGAUGAGCCUGGCUCUGCCUUCCCUCCCUGGGUUACGCUCAGUGGCCUCUUCUGAACCUUCCCCUCUGUCUCUGAAUGGAAUUAAACCCAACUCCAGUAUAGUGUUGACACAGUCAGAUGCUUCUAAUAUGUUUUCUUCAUCUUCAAGAUUUAGUUGGAUUUUUUAAAAAAGUGUAUGGCCACAGCUCCUCUGUCCUAAAGUCGCCACCAGGGUGGGAACAAAGCACAAACCCUCUGGAGCAGAUGUAGAGGAGCUGGAGGGCGUUCUGUCACCCAAGGUGGGGAGCCACUCUAGGUGCUGCCAGCCCUGCCCCUCUCCUGGAAGGGCCCAUUUCAACCCCCAUUUUAAAUUCAACUGGUGCCCACUGGUGUCCUCCUGUGGAGUGUGUGUGGAACACUGGGAAAACCAUACCAUAUUUCACACCGGUGCCACAUUUGCCAGCUGUAACUGGGCAGCAAGCUGGCAUAAUUAAUGGGAAUUGAGCAGAUUCAUCUCUGUUUAGAGAGAAGACAGAAGUCCUCUGCAGUCUCCUCUCUACACCUGGGAUGUGUGUGUGACUGCUUGUGUAUGCUUGUCUCUGUAGGUAGAGGUGUUUGUUUCACAUUCUGGGUGUAGAGAGGAUCUUCCUUCACUCCGGCCCACAGCACAGUGGGCAUUCUGUAAUGUCCCUCCAACAUGGAGAAGGCCGAGCUGUCUGGUUGGUACUUUGUCUUUUUAUUACCUUGUUCUCCAGGGAACUCCAUCUGACCAGUUGCUUCAGUCAGGCAGGCUCCCCGCCCUUUGGCACAUCCAGUCUAGGCCAAACAGCAAGUACAAGUGAGUUUUAAAUUUUAAUUAAUCUUUUAUUUUUUACACUCGAGAGUGAUUGUAAUAAAGGUGGCCAUUAAUAAACUUGGUUCUACUUUCCAUGGA